AUGUCUCGAUACCCGUCCGACUGCAAAGUCUACGUCGGUGACCUGGGCAGCAACGCCACAAAGCAAGACCUCGAGGACGCCUUUUCAUACUACGGACCACUUAGAAACGUGUGGGUAGCCAGGAACCCGCCAGGAUUCGCAUUCGUGGAGUUCGAGGACGCACGAGAUGCCGACGAUGCUGUUCGUGGCCUUGAUGGACGGACCAUCUGCGGACGCAGAGCCAGAGUUGAGCGUUCUAAUGGAAAACGUCUGAUGCGAGACCGCGGUUCUCGUCGUGGUGGCGGUGGUGGAGGAGGCGGAGGCGGUGGUGGCCGACCAUUCCAUCCGGAGGACAGGUGUUACGAAUGCGGAGAACGUGGUCAUUAUGCCCGCGACUGUCCUAAACACAGGGGUGGCCGCAAACGCAGGUCAUUUUCACGAUCGCGUUCGCGAUCACGCAGCAAGCGCUCUAGAUCCCGCUCAUCAUCUCGCAGCCGGUCACGUAGCCGUAGCGGCAGACGUGCCAAGUCGGCCAGCAAGGGCCGAUCUGAAUCUAAAGAUCGUAGCCCACCACCGCGUCGAUCCCGCUCAAGAUCGGCAUCAAGAUCUCGCAGCAGGAAAUCUAAUGGUGAACGUAACGGAAAGUUUUGA